CUUCUCUCUUCCUCUCCACAGUGCCCAGUUCAGAUUUCAGCCAAUUUGGACCGUCAAUUCGCAGGGCUGACCAGUUGGAAAGCCAGAACUACAGACCAAAAAAAAUAAAGGUGCAACGUCACAGGCCACAACUUGGGACAUGUGCCUGCGACUGCAACCAGCACUGAGAAUUUACAUAUACACGUACACUCAUUCACUCACAUGAAUAGAUGCCACCUUGGUGGUUGGCUUUCAAUUCUCUUUUGUUUUUAUCUCGGGCUUACUGAUUAACCCCCCCCCCCCCCCCCCCCCAGUAGCUUACCUAUGCUAUGUGCUGUUCUUUGAAUCAUUCCGAAUUGAACCUCGACUGUCCCUUGACUGUCCUGCUAGUUCAGCAUGGAUCAGUUUCAGUCUCCCCAGUCGACUCGAAAUGUUACCACUGCACCACUAUCUGCCGAUAAAUCUAGCCAGCUACUCCUCCGCGAAUAUCCUCACCGAGCAAUCGCUAUUGCGACACCGACUCAUGCCUUGAUUUUCCGAUACUCCUCUACCACGAGCGAAGCAAUUGGCAAUGGAUCGCUCACGCCCGUCUCGUCAGGGAGACCUCGCGCCACUUCUGAUAGCCCUGUUUCCAAAUGCAUGGUCGAAUUCUCGCCUGUUUCCAAGCAGCUUCUUAGCGACUUCAGGCCUCUAACUCCCCGACCAAUAUACGGAACACUUGGCCUCAUAUCGAUAAACCAGGACGUAUUCCUAUGCGUAGUCACGCAGGCAUUGCGAGUAGCAACAGUACGGCCGGGCGAGACGGUUGAGAGAAUCGCUAGCGUCGACUUCUUUUGCCUGAACAGUGCCGAGUAUGAUAAUAUAGUGCCGCUGAACCCUUACGAUAGCGACCUCUCCGAUUCCGCAUCUACGUAUGGCCAGAGCCUAAGUCGAAGAGAAGGGGAAAUCGAAUAUCCAUACCAGGAGCUACAGAAGCUAUUAAGCAAUGGUAGCUUCUACUACAGUACAGACUUCGACGUAACAAAUAGACUGCAAGAUAGGCCAAUAGAUUCCGACACAUUUGACAUUGACAAUUUUGACGAAUCAUUCCUAUGGAAUUAUUUCAUGAUAAGUCCCUUAGUUCAAUUUAGAUCUAGGCUCUUAGCACAUGAGCGUGAAGCUCUUGAUGCGUCAAGAAUUCUGACCUCUGCUAUACGAGGAUUUUGUUUAACCAUAACAAUUCCCCAGAAUGCAGCACCAUUACGGGAUGGUCGAUCCGGUCUUCCGUCUUUUCUCACGGUUAUUUCUCGUUUAUCCUGCAAGAGAGCUGGAACCCGUUUCAACAGCCGAGGAAUCGAUGAUGAUGGGCACGUUGCGAACUUUGUUGAAACAGAAACGAUAUAUUGGAGCCCUUCAGGAGUCCUAUUCUCAUACGCCCAAGUUCGUGGCUCAGUGCCAGUAUUCUGGGAGCAAACCCCAGGUCUCAUCCCAGGCCAGCAAAAGAUUGCCAUUACACGUUCAGCUGAUGGGACCCAGCCAGCCUUCGAUAAACAUUUUGAGGAACUAGAACAAUCUUACGGCGCAGUACACAUCGUCAAUCUACUCAGUGCUACAAAGCCGGGUGAGGCAGAGCUCACGAAUUUGUUUCACUAUGGAUUACAACACUGCUCGUUGGGCCGCAUUGGCGAAAAGCAGUCAUCGGACCACGCACUUCUGCGAGAAACGGACUAUGAUUUCCACGCAGAAACUAAAGCUGCAGGAUAUGAAGCUGCUCGAGAAAUACGACGAUAUAUUGAGCAUUCGGCUGAUGGUUUUGCGUAUUAUCUUGCUGAGCUAACAGAUGAUAUGGUGGAAACUAAUGAGCCGCCCAGCCACCAGCGCAUGGUUGUCGUGCUUCAGCAAGAGGGAGUUUUCCGAACAAAUUGCCUAGACUGCUUAGACAGAACCAAUCUUAUUCAAACAAUUAUCUCGCAAAUGGCCGUCGAGGCUUUCCUCAACCACCGUGGGGAAAUUGCCGCACCGGAUUUCUGGGUGCGGCAUUCUACUCUUUGGGCUGACAACGGCGAUGCUUUGUCAAGGAUUUACGCAGGAACUGGCGCUCUUAAGUCAUCUUUUACUAGACAUGGGAAAAUGUCCCUCGCUGGUGCUUUCGCAGAUGCCCGGAAAAGUGCAACGCGGCUCUACAUCAACAACUUUGCUGACAAGGCAAGACAAAAUACGAUUGAUGUACUCCUGGGGAGGUUGGUUGGACAGACUCCUGUUCUGCUUUUCGACCCAAUUAGCGAUUAUGUAUCUGGUGAACUCAGUAAACGUAGUGCUGAGUAUUCGUCAACGGAAAACAUCUCAAUAUGGGUCGGAACUUUUAAUCUAAACGGCCGUACAAACGGCAUCGACGAUGACCUAACUCCCUGGCUUUGCCCUCAAGAGCUUGGUGACACGCAGCCAGAGAUAGUGGCCGUCGGUUUUCAGGAGAUUGUGGAGUUAAGCGCCCAACAGAUUAUGAACAGCGACCCUUCGAGGAAACAGCUGUGGGAGAAAGCCAUUAAACGGACACUUAAUACCCGUGCCAAACAAGUAGGCGGCGAGAAAUAUGUCCUGCUUCGGAGCGGACAGCUCGUCGGUGCUGCUUUGUGCAUCUUCGUAAGGGCAUCAUCGCUUCCAAAAAUAAAGAAUGUCGAAGGAAGUGUCAAAAAGACUGGCAUGUCUGGCAUAGCUGGCAACAAGGGCGCUGUCGCUAUCAGAAUGGAGUAUGCGCAUACACAGAUAUGUUUCGUGACAGCACAUCUAGCUGCUGGGUUUGCCAAUUAUGACGAAAGAAACAAGGAUUACGCAACUAUUCAUCACGGAUUGAGAUUUCAGAGGAAUAGGGGUAUCGAUGAUCAUGAUACGGUCAUCUGGCUUGGAGAUUUCAAUUACCGUAUUGGAUUAUCUCACGAAAAGGUCAUGGAUCUCAUCCAGAAAAAAGAUCUGGAGAAGAUGUAUGAAAAUGACCAAUUAAACCUACAAAUGGUAGCUGGUUUAUCCUUUCCUUAUUACUCAGAAGCUCGAAUAACCUUCAUGCCAACCUACAAAUUUGAUGUUGGUGUCGAUAGAUAUGAUACCUCCGAGAAAGCACGUAUUCCGGCAUGGACGGAUCGUAUCUUGCGUAAAGGCACGAACAUACGGCAAUUUUCGUAUAAUUCUGCUCCCUUGCGUUUCUCGGACCACCGCCCAAUAUUUGCCACAUUCCAGUGUGCAGUCAAUAUCAUAGACGAGGCACAUCGGGAACGGAUCAGUAGAGAAUUAUAUGAUCGUCGCAAACGUGAAGUCGGUCACACAACGGCAAGUCUAGCCAGUGACGACUCAGAAGAUGACGAAGAUCUUAUUGGGUAUGAGCCAAUCGAGCCAGGCUUACCUCCAGCAAGCUCAGACCGGCAGAGGUGGUGGCUUGAGAAUGGCAAGAUGGCAAAGUCUACGGUUGGUCCACCAAAAACUACCGGUGGACAUCGUGAUAAUUCCACUAUGGUGCUCAAUCCUAACCGUCCCUCGAAUCCAUUCACUCCAACCGAAGAACCGGAUUGGGUCGCUAUACCUAGAUCCAAUUCAAGACUCUCGUCCUUUUCCAGCAUCUCUAGCUCCCCAUACGAGUAUAUCAACCAUUCUACCCUUCUUUCCACCUCCGCCGCAUCCAAUUCAUCGCCUAGGAAGCCACCACCACCACAUGAUGCGGCAGCAACAUUACCCUCCAAAGUCGGCCAGAUCAGUUUGCUUGACGAGCAGACGCCCAUGCAGAGGAGCGAGGCCCCACCGCCUCCUCCGCCUAGAAGGCAGACGGCCACGAGUCUCGCUCAAUCCUCACAGUCUUCAGUUCCCUUAAGUGCACAGCCCGCUAUGCGAACUUCAAAUCCCGGCGCACCGCAGCAGCAGUUGAGGAACGUAUCACCCUCAUCUCAUAAUUCGAAUAACUCCAAGGCACCACCUCCUAUAGCUAGAAAACCAGUCCAUCUCAUGUCUGCUUCGCCAACCAAUAGCCCUCCUCUCCCCGAAGCUAGCCAUUUUGGUUCACUUACAGAUCACCAAACACCAAAACCACUUAUCCCACGUAAAACCUCGAAAAACGUCUCCAAUUUAACCGCGAAGCUCCAAGCUAGUAGGGCUGGCACAUUAUCAGGUGGGAUGUCCAAAGCAGCGCCUCCUCCAGUUCGUCCAGAUUCUGGUGCGUCCCAUGACCUUCUCACUGGCACGUCAAAUUCGACUACAGCCUCGGGCCGAGUUGGUCUCCCCGGUCUUGCAAACGUAGAGCGGAAGCCAGCGUUACCAGCGCGGCCACAGCAACAGCAACAGCAACACGCGCACCCAGGGCUGAACAAAGCUAACGUUGACCUUCUCUGCGGUGAUGAGGUUGUUGAAUUGAACGGAUGGGAGAGUCUAACUCCAAGCUAGACGUGUCUUUUUGCGGUAGAAUUGCAUUUAGAGGAACGUGAGGCGUCAAUACAGCAUGGCGUUUGCGGCGGUGUGGUUACGUUCUCGAGCAUACACUUAUAUACAUAAAUAUGCGCUACUCUCACGAUACCUGGAUAAAAAAAGCCUGUCGUUUUCGGGGUAUAGGAUUAGGGAAAAGUACUAGGUACGUAGUAUACGAAAUGAUAAACUGGGCUAGAUAGGUAGUCCUUGGCCGAGAUAUAAAGGCAAGAUCUCAGGAGACUGGGGCGGACAGUGCCUGCUUCAUACCGAAUUGCCAUAGUUUAAAUUGACGUCACACUUUGAUAAGAUAAAAAGCCAAUAGUUAAAAGCUUCAGACCGUGUUGGGAUAUCGCGUCCCAAGUGCCAGUC